AUGAUUGCACUACCUCCAAAGGUCGCCCUUGUGGCUCUCGCCUGCGCCUUAUUCCCUGCGAGUACAACCGCCCAGGGUCCAUACGAAGCAACAUGGGAAUCAACAGACAAACACAACGCUGCCCCGGAAUGGUACCGCGAUGCCAAGUUCGGAGUUUACUGGCACUGGGGCGCUUUUACAACCGCUCAAUACGCCAGCGAGUGGUAUCCGCGCAACAUGUACGAGCCCGACUCCGACCAGAAAAAGCAUCACACAGAAACAUACGGACCACCAGAGGAGUGGGGCUACGAGAACUUCAUCAAGGGUGCAAAGGACAAGAAGGGUAACUUUGUCCAGUUCAAACCUGUCCUCAAGUCCGAAAGAGGUGAAUUUGAUCCAGAAGCUAUCAUCAAGAUAGUUAAAGCUUCUGGAGCUCGGUUCGCUGGACCUGUGGCUGAACAUCAUGAUGGUUUCUCCAUGUGGGAUAGCAAGGUCAAUGAGUGGAACCCAGUCAACUAUGGUCCCAAGAUAGACUUGGUUAAGCUCUGGGCAGAUCUCGUGCGGGAGAAUGAUAUGAAACUUGUUGUUGCGAUGCAUCAGGCGUACAAUUACAAUGGUUUCUUCCAAUGGGCACCUAAGACAAAUGACACGAGCCUACAGAAACUACUUGGCCAAUUGCCUCGCGAUGAGUCGGAUCAGCUCUGGUUCGACAAGCACCGAGAGAUGCUUGAUCACGUUCAACCCGACAUCAUCUGGAACGAUUUCUCACUCAACAGUCCUGGAGAAUGUGGAAGCUUUGAGGGUCCUUGUGCAGUAGAUGAGCAGAAGCGUCUAGAGUUUCUUGCCUACUACUUCAACAGAGGUGAGGAGUGGGGAAAAGAAGUUGUCACCACUUACAAACACCACGACCAUGGCUUCCGAAACACAUCAGCCGUUGAUGACUGGGAACGUGGUGGACCAUCCAAUCUUGUUCGACCUUACUGGCAGACCGACGAUGCCAUCAGUGCAUCCAGUUGGAGUUACACCGUCGGCAUCAAGUACUACAGCUCCAAAGCCAUGGUACACUCUUUGCUUGACCGUGUCAGCAAGAAUGGAAACAUGCUGCUCAAUAUUUCGCCCAUGGCUUCUGGCGUGUUGCCUGAGGAGCAGAUCAAGGUUUUGAACGAUAUUGGUGACUUUCUAGGUCGUUAUGGCGAGGCUGUGUAUGACACUAGGGCGUGGGAUAUCUAUGGCGAGGGACCGAAUCAAGUCGAGGGUGGAUCUUUUACUGCGCCACUUCAAGGGAACAGCAGUGAUGUUCGGUUCACGCGCAACAAAGAAGAUGAUGUUCUCUACGUCACUGUUCUCGGUUGGCCUGAGGAUAACCUCGUAUCGGUCAAGAACCUUGGAUCCAACGCUCUGGUCGAUCUCAAGUCUUUGAAGUCUGUCCAGCUACUCGGCGACAAGGCUGGCGAUUACAUCAAGGUUUCUGAAUGGGAACAGUCCAAGGAUGCUUUGGAUAUCACUCUUCCUUCUCAACCCGCUGAAUCUCUUGCCUACGUUCUCAAGCUCACCUUUGAUGGGGGUAUUCCUGUCCCUCAGCCUGAGCGCGGUGCAGCUGUUUUCUCCAAUGCGGAUGCCACUGGAAAGGGUGUCUCACUUGAAUUGGGUACAUUUGACUCUGUGUUUUUGACUGAAGCUGGACUCAAGCCUGAGGAUAUCGGCUUUAUCCGAGUGUCGAAUGGCACACAGGUCACUCUUUUUACUGGACUCAGGUUCACGGGGGAGAGCAAGGAACUCAGCGCUGGUGAGCACCAGGUUGAUGGCGGUUCUGUAGGCUCUAUCGCGAUCUCAAAGAUUUAA